CUACGUGGUCCGUUCAGCUUCGGGCGCCGUCGUCAGAGCAACGAUAACGGCCGCGCGGCACCGGGGCGCGGGCGUUCAGUCGGCAUCGCGUUCAACCCGCGUCCACAGGCUCACGUAGCGUCGGCUGGACCGCUGUACCGUGACCCCAGCACCUCGUGGCGCGUCACAUCCCUCCCACGUCACUCGAGGAUCGUCCAGUUCCUGAGCUGCCUAAACACGCCAGAAUCGCCCGAGGACACAGUACUUGCUCGAUCCAGCAAUCUCAAAACCCAGAGCUCGUCUCCCGCGCUUGAGCAACCGAAAUGCUUGGCCGAAUGCGGAUCACGAAAGGAAAAUGUUGGGCGAUUAGGAGGGGUUGAAGAGAUGCGCGUGAAGCACCCUAUUUUCGAGUCUCUAAGGUGACGAACCCCGAGAAGAAAAAAUACAAACAUGCCGGGUGGUGGACGGGUCGCGGGUAAAGUUGGGAUCUAUAGCUCUCACUACAAUGGAAAGGGCUACAGUGGCAUAAACGAAGAGAUCAUCUGGAUCAGCAUAGGCAUGGGGAUCACCAUAGCGAUCUUGAUCACCAUAGCACUCUGCUAUAUCGCCCGUGAAAAGUGUCGCAAACGGCACGAAGGAUACUACACGUCAUGACGUAUGUUUCCGCCGCCUUCGUGGGCGUCCUGGUCAUUUAGCCCGACGACACCAGGAAUCCUUUUCAGUCCAACCAUGUCAAGGGGUAAACCACGGGCUUACUACAUCACCGUCUGAAUUCUCUCACGGCCUCACCACGGAAAAAGCUCCGAAAGCGCGAAAAUUUUAAGCGGAAUAUGAAUGAAGCUAAAAGAAAAAUGCAUGGUUUUCUCUACAUUAGCGUACCGUAGUUACGUUGCGUACAAAAAACGGAUUUUCUAAUCAGGAAAAUCCGCAGAUUAUGACAUAAAUCUCUGAUUCUAUUUUCUCUUUAAAAUAAAGUCGCUUGAAAAAAAAAGAUUGAAAAGAUUAAAAGGCUUUUCUAAUUGAAACUCGAGAACAGCUAGAUCGGUUAAAAUAAAAGUGUAGGAAGAGAAAAUAAUGUCGCGCGCGCAUUGUUAAACCUUAAGGAGCGACGGGAUACGGUUUAUCUGUGGGAAAUCGAUUUCAAAUUUCCUCGAAUAUAAAGUUUUAUCAUCAGUAUGUACUCCCUUUGGAACGCACUUAGUAUCUCGUUCGCGGAACGUGUUCACCCGAUAUCACGCGUUAUGGAGCUAUUGCCAGAGCACAUUUCUUGAAGGAAAGAGAGAGAGCAAUAUUUGCACCAUUACGCACACUGAAGGGAAUAAAGAUUCUCAAGAAAGGGAGGAACAUUGCCUUAAAGGCUUAAAGGCUUAAAGCUCCUAUCUAAAAUGGGACAAGUAGUCAACACUGAUUUAUAGUGCGCAACGGUGACUAUUCGAGGUACACUUUAACUAGCUCUCCGACGUUCAACAAAUUGUGAUUUCUUCUAAACGCACCCGAGCUUUGUAUCUAGACAGUAGGGUGAUGUGUGUGUGUGUGUGUGUACGUGCGAGAGUAUAGUCAAUGGACCAUUAUUCUCAUUCGCGCCUGUACGUGUCCUCGAAAAAGCUUUCCGGUGUUAAAACGUUUCUAAAAGGCGACGCAACGGGAUGCCAGCCUAACUAGUUAAAGUGCGCUGCACAGACAAAGUAAAUGGCAAUUAACUACUAGAUGGAAAGGACCCGACGACUGGUUAAAGUAUAGAUGAAGUAAAAUUAAUGAUACGAUUUUUAUUCCCGAGAAAGCGUUAUCCUAAUUUUUCCGAAAUUCAAAGGUAAAAGAAAUUGACUUUAAUGUAUCUUGAUUCUGUGAAAAGAUCUCGCAUUUCCUAAAUUUUCGAAUUUAAAUAUCUGCCACCUGUAGACUAAACAAGAAUAAAAUCGAAAAAAAUUACAAAAAUAUAUCGCAUAAUCCUAAUUUUGAUAAGUAUAAUCUCAUUAGAGCAUUAUCUCGGCUUCGUAAAAUGCACUACUAUUUGAUUGCUCUUUAAUUUUGCCUGUUUUGCCUCGAAUAUGAAUUACAUAUUAAUAUUUUUCAAGACUCAUGAAUAAUACAUAAUAAUUUACGAAUAUUACUUUCGUGUAAAGU